CCGCGCGCGGCCCAGAGCAAGAUGUCGGGCCCGGGGCUGGUGGCCGGGGACGUGGUGGUGGAUGCGCUGCCCUACUUCGACCAGGGUUACGAGGCGCCGGGCGUGCGGGAGGCGGCCGCGGCGCUGGUGGAGGAGGAGACGCGGCGGUACCGACCGACCAAGAACUACCUGAGCUACCUGCCCGCGCACGACUACAGCGCCUUCGAGACGGAGAUCAUGCGGAACGAGUUCGAGCGCCUGGCGGCCCGGCAGCCCCUGGAGCUGCUCAGCAUGAAGAGGUACGAGCUGCCAGCCCCCUCCUCGGGGCAGAAGAACGACAUCACGGCGUGGCAGGAGUGCGUGAACAACUCCAUGGCCCAGCUGGAGCACCAGGCCGUGCGCAUCGAGAACCUGGAGCUCAUGUCCCAGCACGGCUGCAACGCCUGGAAGGUGUACAAUGAACACCUGGUUCAUAUGAUAGAACAAGCCCAGAAAGAGCUCCAGAAGUUGAGGAAAAACAUCCAGGAUCUGAACUGGCAAAGAAAGAAUAUGCAGCUCACAGCUGGGGCCAAGCUCCGGGAGAUGGAAUCCACGUGGGUGUCUCUUGUCAGUAAAAAUUACGAGAUCGAACGAACGAUUGUGCAGCUGGAAAAUGAAAUCUCCCAGAUCAAACAGCAGCACGGGGAAGCAAACAAGGAGAAUAUCCAGCAGGACUUCCAGUGACUUCAUCCUGACCGUCUCACUGCAACAUGGGUUAAAAAAACCCCACAGUACAGGAACUUUGGAGAUGCU